UAUCAAAUGAUUGGCUUCGCCCAGUCUGCUUUGAAUCAGACCCAAAUUGAAAUACGGCUGGCAUGUGUGAACGAGAAUGAGGAUAUGGAUUUCCAGGUCCAGUAUGCCCUUCGCUCAUCGCCAUGCGACAAGGAAUUUUUCGAUGCGAAAAGAGCUGAGAAUUUAAAGAAGCUAUUGGAUUCCCACGGUUCCAUAAUUUUUUCUGAGCCAGAGCCUCAUCCAAUGACUGUCCAAAAUGUCACAGGUUUGUUUCCAUUUCGUUAUAAGAGAAGUGCAGCAGUCAGUCUUGGCCCUUCGUUGUCCUCUUGGAGCCCAGCACAGACAAUACCGAGUGACGGAAUAUAUUUUCUGGUCAUGAAGGUUAUUGGAAUUCGAUAUCCGCUAACAUCUUACAGUGAUGAGCAUAACAUCACGAUCACGGUGAAGUUCUAUGUACUUAUGUGUGUCUUCUAUGGUACGUUAGCUUUCAUCUGGAUGGUACUUUGCAUUAAAUACUACAAAGACAUUUUACGAAUUCAAUAUUGGAUAGGAGCUGUAAUAAUACUUGGAAUGAUUGAGAAAGCAUUUUUCUUAGCUGAGUAUUCAACAAUGAACAACAGUGGUCGAAGUGUAGAAGGCGUGCUUGAGGCAAGCCUCGCUGAGUUGGUUUCCUGUGCAAAACGAACAAUGUCUCGUGUUCUAGUGAUUAUUGUCACAGUUGGUUACGGUGUCGUGAAACCUCGCCUCGGUAAUACACUCAGUCAGGUUGCCGGCGUAGGAUUGGUGUAUUUCGUAUUUUGUGCAAUUGAAGGAUUAGCACGGGUAUCAAAGAAUCACGUUGAAGCUGCUAAACAGAAGCAGUUCGCUGCACUUCCUUUGGUGAUCACGGAGAUGGUGAUAUUCUACUGGAUUUUCACUUCGCUUGGUUCAACUAUGCGAACGCUCAAAUUGAGGAGGAAUGAGGUAAAACUUACCGUUUAUCGUCAUUUUAUGAACACCUUGGUAUUCGCAGCUAUCGCAUCCGUGUUCUUUAUGAUGUGGAGUUUGUUGUACCAUAUCUUCCCUACAUGUCUCAAGGACUGGAAAGAACUAUGGAUAGACACUGCAUUUUGGCAUGUAUUGUUUUGCUUCAUACUUGUUGUUAUUGUGGUUCUUUGGCGCCCAUCAGUGAACAAUCAGCGCUACGCCUUCACCCCCCUUUUGGAUGACAGUGAAGAUGAGAACGAUCAAGAUGAAAUUUUCAAUGCAUCCGCUCCUGGUUUUGAAAUGCUCAAACAGCGUGAAUCUGGAAGUGGUGCCGAGGUUCGUCGUCAAAGGGAAAGGGAACGUGAGGAUCAUAAAAUUCAGGAUGACUUGCGGUGGAUCGAAGAUCACAUUCCCUCGUCGCUCGUAGAACACCUCACCAUGGACGAAGAAGAGGAUAAAGAAGCACGAGAAUUGGAAAUCAGUAAAAUGUUGUGA